UAGACAGCUGCACUUUGCGCUACAUUAAUAAUUAUAUAUGAGGACAGUCAUAACAUUUACUCCUUUAAUCAACAGCACAUUUGCUCAGCACACUGUAUAAUUCCUCCACGGAUUCAUUUAAGUUGUUUUUUAGCUGUACAUCCUGCGCUGUUGCGCAUUAGCUUCCUUAGUUGAGCUCAUAUGGUAGUUUCAUGAUGGCUUAACAUAGUGUGACAUGUUUAAAAUCCGACCACUGUUGAGUGCCUUAGUAAACCACAGAGUGACAUCAGAGAGAAACGGUGGACUUUAUAAGUUAUUUUGCAUGAUGAGUGAAGGGUCCAAAGAUGAGCAGACAGCCAAGCUGCUGAAAAGAGCCAAUGAGGAAAAUGAAAGCUCUGCUGAGAAGGAACACACCACGAAAAGAAUAAAAACAGAAGGGGAACACGCUGAGGAUGAAAGGAAAUAUCCCAAGAAGAAAGUAGUCCUCCUUUUGGCAUACUGUGGAAAGGGAUACUAUGGCAUGCAGAGAAAUCCUGGCACCUCUCAGUUUAGGACCAUUGAGGAUGAACUGGUCACUGCACUUGUUAAAUCGGGUUGCAUUCCUGAAAACCAUGGAGAUGACAUGAAGAAGAUGUCUUUCCAAAGAUGUGCCAGAACAGACAAGGGUGUGUCUGCAGCUGGUCAAGCGGUGUCUCUAAAGGUGCGCUUGAUUGAAGACAUCGUUGAAAAAAUCAACGAGCAUCUGCCACAGCAGGUCAGGGUGCUAGGUCUGAAACGAGUGACCCAAGGUUUCAAUUCUAAGAACAACUGUGACGCUCGUACAUACUCCUACAUGCUUCCAACCGUGGCCUUUUCCCCGAAAGACUAUGAUACAGGGAAUAUAUCAGCCUUUCGCCUGGAGCCAGAGACCCUUCAAAAGGUCAACCGUGUGUUCUCUCUCUACAAAGGCACUCAUAACUUCCACAACUUCACCUCUCAGAAGGCUCCGACUGACCCCAGUGCCCGCCGCUACAUCACAGAGAUGUCCUGUGGAGAGCCUUUUAUCCGCAGCAAUACUGAGUUUGCGGUGAUCACUGUGCGAGGUCAGAGCUUCAUGCUGCACCAGAUCCGCAAGAUGAUUGGUCUGGUGAUUGCGGUGACCAAGGGCUACGUGACGGAGGAAGUGAUCGAGCGCAGCUGGGGACAAGAAAAGGUGGAUGUGCCCAAAGCUCCGGGACUUGGGUUGGUCCUGGAAAAGGUUCACUUUGACAGGUAUAACAAACGAUUUGGAGGGGACGGGCUACAUGAGGUCCUGGAUUGGGACAAAGAAGAGGAGAAGAUCAAGGCCUUUAAGGAGGCUCAAAUUUACCCCACCAUUGUUGAGACCGAGUGUCAGGAGGGCUCUAUGGUCAGCUGGAUGUCCACACUCCCAAUCCAUGACUUUCAAGCAACAGCUACUAGAACACAAGAUGAUAAGGACCAGAAACAGGACAAUGCAGAUGUAGGAAAUGACUCUGAUUAGGCCACCCUGUCUGCUCAAAGAAGAGGCAUUUUCUCAACAAACUUUCUCUUAUUUCCCUGGAAUUGUCUCUCUUUUUGGGUGUGGAAGAAAAUCUUUCAAGGUUGACUUUUUUUUUUUUUUAGUGGAAUUGUUUCUCUUAUACAUAUGUUAUUAAAUACAAAUAACAAAA